CUUGUCUCCCUCUCCAUCCUUCAUCUCCCACCAACCCAACAUGAUCACAGCUUCAGACUUCUACACCGUCAUGUGUGCCAUGCUCCCUCUCUACUUCGCCAUGCUCCUCGCCUUCGCCUCCGUCCGCUGGUGGCGCAUCUUCUCCCCUGACCAGUGCUCCGGCAUAAACCGUUUUGUUGCCACCUUUGCUGUCCCUGUUCUCUCUUUCCAUUUCAUCUCUCAAAACAACCCUUAUGAAAUGGACACUAAGUUUAUACUUGCAGAUACUGUUUCAAAACUUGUUGUCCUUCUUCUUCUUGCUCUCUGGCUUAUGUUCUUUGGUUGUAGUACUGUAACUGCUGCUAAUGAUCAUCAUCAUCAUCAUCAUCAUCAUGGUGCUGAUGUUUUUGGUUGGGCUAUAACUUUGUUCUCUGUUGCAACAUUGCCGAACACUUUAGUUAUGGGCAUACCUUUGUUGCAAGCCAUGUAUGGGAACUUCACUCAGAGCCUCAUGGUUCAACUUGUUGUUCUUCAGUGCAUUGUUUGGUACACAUUGUUACUGUUUCUCUUUGAGUAUCGAGCGGCGAGGUUGUUGAUAUGCGAGCAGUUCCCCGGCGCCGGCGCCGGCGCCAUCGCCGGCUUCGCCGUCGACCCUGACGUGGUCUCGCUCUCCAGCCACCCUCUUGACCCGAUAUGCGCUGACAUUGAGCCGUUUCCCUCCCCUUCCGGCGCUGCAGUACGGAUCCGAAUCCGGCGAGCCUCUGCACCGCCGUCUGCGCCCGGCACCGCCACUGCCACCCCACGGCUCUCCUCACUCUCAUCGGCGGAGAUUUACUCCGUCGCGACGCCGGCUCGCGUCCGCACCCUUGCUGACCUAGCUCUCAAUCGCUCCCCGGCCCCCUCCGGCUGCGCCUCCUCCGAUGCGUACUCCCUCCAGCCGACUCCUAGGGCGUCCAAUUUCAACGAGAUGGAGGCUGGCACUCCGGCGCUUGGGAAAUCUCCGGCAGCCGUGGGGACUCCCUCGCCGGUAGUUAGGGUUUUGUUGAGAGAAAAGGAAGCUGGAGGAGAGAAAGAAUUGAGCUUUAGGAGCACAACCAAGUUCAUGGCUGAAGAACAGGACGGAGAGCAUCAAGAGAUGCCUCAACCUCUGGUCAUGCUUAAGCUCAUAUUGACUGUUGUUUGUAGGAAGCUCACUCGGAAUCCAAACACAUACUCCAGCAUCCUUGGCCUCCUUUGGUCCUUGAUUUCAUUCAAGUGGCAAGUGAGCAUGCCAAGCUUGGUGAUGAACUCUAUAAAGAUAAUUUCGGAUGCAGGGCUUGGGAUGGCAAUGUUCAGUCUAGGUCUAUUCAUGGCUCUUCAGCCAAAAAUCAUUGCAUGCGGUGCAAGGAUGGCAUGCAUUGGCAUGGUGAUACGCUUUAUUAGUGGGCCAAUGAUAAUGUCUGCUGCAUCCAUUGCUGUUGGAUUGAGAGGAGUUCACUUGCACACUGCUAUUGUUCAGGCAGCUCUCCCUCAAGGAAUUGUACCGUUUGUCUUUGCCCGGGAAUACGGUUUACACCCAGACAUACUUAGUACCGGGGUGAUCUUCGGCAUGCUCGUCUCCCUGCCUGUUACCCUUCUGUACUACAUUUUCUUAGGACUCUGAAGGCGCCACCGAUUACUGAAUAAGAUCGAUGCAGUAAUGCAAGCAUUAUCAUCACAUCAUCGAAUGUUGCUCGUUCAAGCAGAUAUAGAGAUUCAAGUGAUGAAAUCAUCAUCUCCUCAUUCAGAAUCAAAUGAUAAUUAGAGAAUGGCAUUUGCAGUGGUCCCUUUGAAUUUCCCACAAUCUCUAGUGGUGGCCGAAAGAAGAGAAGAUGAUGAUCCAUGAAGCAUGCUGCUCUAUGAUUUACAGCAAGCUGAAUUAUGAUGGUUCUCUUUUUUUUUUUUACUCACUUUUGAAGCAGUAAUAAGUGCUUGUAUAAAGUGCCUUUGUUCUUUCUGACAUUGCAAACAGCUUUGACUUCAUUCAUGAAUAUAACUUUGAGCCUUUGAUACA